AUGACGUCUGAAAAUAGCACUUACAUCAAGCUGGAAGCAAUAGAAGCGGCAGUUCCUGGAGAAGGAAGUCACAAGCGUGCCCUGAUGAAUUUUCAGAGCGAAAUUGUGGGGCAGAUAGACAAAAUAAUAGACAGCUGCAUGACAUUGCUUGAGGCUACCCUGCAGCCUCCAGAGGAUGCCAAUACUACAAAAACUAUAAAAGACAGCCCAGAAACUGAGACACCAACAGAGAUACACACCCACAUGCCUCCUACACGUGCCAUCACACUUUUUCAACCCAAUCCAGUUAUACCUAAGUAUGCCGGCUCUAGUGCCAAUCAGCCUAUCAUUCAUCCCGGACACCACGCUUACCGGCACACUGCCAAUAUUCAACACGCUCACUCCAUAAAUGGCAACCACGAGGCGGAUUACUUGGUCCUGAACGGAUCUCAAUUCGGAAAUCUUAGGAUGGAUGCGAAGAACAUCAUAGAUUACAUUCCAAGUAUAGUAGUCCAUUCUAACUUCGCAGCGCAUGACGUCAUCUCCCAAUGUGGGAAUGUAAUUAUACCCAUAUUUGAGCUUCCCGUCGAUGCGAGGCAGAUUCGCUCACCUACUCCGCUUGGCUUAGCCAAGCGACUUUCACCCGGUCCCUUUUUUAAGUCGUAUGACGACGACGUCAAGCGUUCGCUGGGCCAGGCGACCAUCCCACUUCCCACUAUUGAAUUCGAUGACCUCAUUCACAUGUCUGAACGCGACAUUCUGAACAUCCUGGACUUGCCUAUCACUAGGGACACCUCACACGGCUCACUCACUCGCGAGCCCAGGACGCUUGCACCUGUGUCGAUGACACUUAGGAACUUCCGUGACGAAACCUCGUCUUGUCGAACUGCGGAGAGAGAUGUGAAAGAGAACAUGACUUUGAGUGUGGAUGAUCAUGAAGUACGUCGAAAGAACUCACUGAAGUCGAGUAUCCCGAGCCCGCCCAGGGUAUGCACACUUGCACCCUCUCUGCCUGCACCACCUAACAACUCGGCCGCGCAGACACCAAACGUUUCAGAUGGGGAACCCCCAUCUGAAGCUGCACUCUUUCACCAAGCGUUAGUGGUGAAGACGUGGCUCAUCGCACUUGACAAGAGCACAGCAUCCUUUGGACGCACCACCUCUCACAGCCUGACCAUCCACGAAGAAGAGUUUUCGGAUGAUGGGGAGCUUGUCAGUGCGAGUGACUCCCUCUCGUCGUGCGCUGACGACAACAACAACAACUUACCCCCAACCUUGCUCAUGAAACUGGACACAAAGGUACCCCUGAACAUUACUCAUAUCCGACACCUCGCAGAAGACAUUGCUAAUCCAUGGUCACACAAGUGCAUUCCCCAGCUCAUUCCCUCCCUCGUAUUUAGCAAGACGGCAGACUCCCUCGAAGAACCUGACGAGGACGAGGACAUGUUCGACCAACUCGAGCCCACUCCCUUCAGCAUCCAGUACUGUGAACACUCCUAUGAACCUCUCCCUUUUCAUGGCUCUUACGAUUUAUUCACCACUCAGCGUCUUGUAGCGCUUUGCAGGACUCUCACUGGGAGUAUGGCCUCCCAAGCCGUCCAAGAACUCGGACUGGAAAAGGCUGCUUUCCACACCACCCGUCCCAGUGCCAUCUACCACUAUCAUACAUCGACAUACUACGAGCACGUUCCCCGUGGCAAAUCCAGACUUUGCACCUGCAUUAUGGACCUCAGGAACAUGCGCGUCAUGGCACGAAAUGUCUUACAGCUCGUUCAUGCCACACUCACCCCAUCUCAAUCGCAGGAGUGCAUGGAGGAGCAGAUCAUACUCCUCAUCAUUGAUGGUGUGCGCUGCAUUCCUGCCAGCAUCAACCGUGCUGCCUUCUUCAUGCAACUUUGCCCAGCUGCCAACCCUCUCUUCACCUUAGAAGAAUUCGCGUACUUACGCACCGCAGCUGGGUUAUUUCGCUUUUUCGGACACUUCACCAUUGCAGAUGCCAUUGACGACUUAUUACAAUGCUCCCUCCCUGACGAGGACAUUGUAUAUACACUUUUGCAGAACUAUUCACUUGAUGACUUGCGAGGCACUGGUGUCUCCCCAAGCAAAAGCUUGAAGUACCUUCUCAAUGUCGCAGAAGCUUGGUGCGAGAAUUCCUUAGAGGUUAAUCAUGUUGGCCCAUGCUAUUUGGAAGGGUAG